UAAAUAAAGAGCUUGUACAAAAUGCAGGAGCAUAAGCAUAACUACCUCCGUUAAUCACUGAUCUAAAUCAUUUCGUCCCAACACAAAUUUCAAAAAUUGAACUCUUCAAUUUCAAAAUCAUUCAUAAAUCCUUCAGAAAUUCCUCACAAUUCUCUGAGACCCAAAUCCUACAAAGGUCAAAAAAAUGGGAACUGCUCAAAGCCGCGAAGGCCAAAACCUCACCGACUCCGAUUCCGAAGAGUACCACUCCGACCAAGAAGAAGAAGAAGACGUCCCAUACGACGCCGUUGAUCGCCAAGAAACACCGCACACCACCACAUCUAAAACACUCGAUGAAAUCGACACUAAACUCAAAUCCCUCAAACUCAAAUACCCAUCACCGGCGUCCCUUCCCAAUAACCCCGUCAAGCUCUACCUUCACAUCGGCGGUAACACCCCUAAUGCUAAGUGGGUCCUCUCCGAUAAGCUCACUUCCUACACUUUCAUCAAAAAUGGCUCUCAUCGUGAUGAUUCUGAUGAUGAUUCCGAUGAUCGGGAUUCUACCGAUUCUUUCUGGGUUUUGAAAGUCGGGUCUAAAAUUAAGGGUAAAGUGUCAACUGGUAUGCAAUUGAAGAUGUUGGGUGAUCAAAGACGGGUUGAUUUUGUUAGUAAGGGUGUCUGGGCUUUGAAAUUUCUAAGCGAUGAAGAGUAUAGAAAUUUUGUGACUCAGUUUCAGGACUGUAUUUUCGAGAAUGUUUAUGGGCUUCCAGCAACUGAGGAGAACAAGGUUAAAAUCUACGGCAAAGAUUUUAUUGGCUGGAUUAACCCUGAUGCAGCUGAUGACUCUAUGUGGGAGGAUGCAGUGGAUGAUCAUACACCGGCCAAAAUUACACCGUUGCGUGCGAAUCAAGAUUUGAUGGAGGAGUUUGAGGAGGCAGCUAAUGGUGGUGUUCAUAGCUUGACUUUAGGUGCUUUAGAUAAUAGUUUCUUGGUUAAUGAUUUGGGUGUUCAGGUUUUCAGGAAUUAUCAUAAGGGUAUUCAUGGCAAGGGAAUUUGUGUGAGUUUUGAUAAUAAGAGAAGUGGGUCUAGUUCAGUGCAAUCCACUCCCAAAAAGGCUAUGCUUAUGAGGGCAGAGACAAAUAUGAUGCUGAUGAGUCCAUUAAAGGAUGGGAAUCCACAUUCUACAGGGAUUAAGCAGCUUGAUAUUGAGACUGGGAAGAUUGUCACAGAAUGGAAGUUUGGGAAAGAUGGCACUGAGAUUACGAUGAAGGACAUUACGAAUGAUACGAAAGGGUCACAGUUGGAUCCAUCGGAGAGUACGUUUCUUGGUUUGGAUGAUAAUAGGCUGUGUCAAUGGGAUAUGAGGGACAAGAGAGGAGUCGUGCAGAGUAUUGGGGACGAAUCUCCUGUACUUAACUGGACUCAAGGACAUCAAUUCUCUAGAGGGACUAACUUUCAAUGCUUUGCUAGUACUGGAGAUGGAUCAAUUGUUGUUGGUUCUCUUGAAGGUAAGAUAAGGUUGUAUUCUAGGACAUCAAUGAGGCAAGCUAAGACGGCUUUUCCGGGUCUUGGAUCGCCUAUUACUCAUGUAGAUGUUACGUAUGAUGGGAAGUGGAUACUAGGGACAACAGACACUUACUUGAUCCUGAUAUGUACUCUGUUUACGGAUAAAGACGGCAAGACUAAGACCGGAUUUAGUGGACGCAUGGGUAAUAAGAUUCCUGCUCCGAGAUUACUAAAGCUCACUCCUUUGGAUUCCCACUUGGCCGGCGCCAAUAACAAAUUCCAUGGUGGUCAUUUCUCAUGGGUCACUGAGAAUGGCAAACAAGAGAGGCACUUGGUUGCCACGGUGGGGAAGUUCAGCGUGAUAUGGGACUUCCAGCAGGUGAAGAACACUGCCCAUGAAUGCUAUCGGAAUCAGCAAGGCCUCAAGAGCUGUUAUUGUUAUAAGAUUGUGUUAAAGGAUGAGUCGAUUGUGGAAAGUCGUUUCAUGCAUGACAAUUAUGCUGCUAACAACUCUCCAGAAGCUCCAUUAGUGGUGGCAACUCCCAUGAAAGUCAGCUCGUUCAGCCUUUCUGGCAAGCGAUCGCAUGGCUGAAGCAUUUUCGCCAAUCCUGUACAAAUUAUUUUCCCUUUGUGCAGUUUGCUUUAGUAGUUAUUUCCAAUUCAAUCUGUUUAGUGUUUGUUGAUUGUUCUCCCCUAACUUGUGUCUUCUUUUGGCUUCUUCUUGUGUUUUGUAUGAAUCUUUGACCCUAGUGCAUCCCUACGAGGAUUGAACGAUUGUUUUGCUUUGUUUAUUCAGUUUGAGCGUAGUUGCUUCA